UCAUAAACAAGUGCUGUGGAGCAUCUGUUGCUGUCUAUUGUUUUCAACAAAUGUACGUUUUGGAGUCCUUAAGGACUGGUCGACGUAAUGGGCGCAGCGGCCCUGAAUGAGCCAUUGUGCAUUGUUUUUGAAUGGAUUAAUGUUUUGUACUAGUCGUGGGCAUUCGUGAUUAACCUUGCCGCUUAAAGGCCAGCGAAGAUAAGGAGCCUGAGCUUAUUAAACGUUGUGGAAUUCAUUUUUUGGUCAGCUUUCUGAAUUUGAACAUGGAAAAUUUUCCCUAUGGACUCCAUGCCAAUACAAGUGAUUAUAUCAGUUAUAAGGUACCAUGAAGCUGUCUUUUCUAAAAAGCAUUUAUUUGAUUAUGUGAUUUAUGGGAGUUGCAAUUCAGAGUUCAGUUACGCCUUUGUGAGUGAUUUGCGUCAGGCCUCAGACAAGUCCCUGCAUCUCAUUCUAUCAAGUUCUCAUCAGAGGUGUUUGUCAUCCUGCUGUCACAAGUGCUUUGGGGAUGCAUCUACUUGCACAGCUCUUCACGUAUUGAGAAGACCAUAGAAAUACUAUUGUUGCUCUCAGGUCUUAUGGAGUGCGUUGGCACAACAUUGCCGGGCAUUGAAAGGGAAGACAUGGUGUUGAUCUACAGUAAUAUUACAGCUGUUGUGAUGAGAAGGGGACAAAAAGUUUUUUGAAGAUUUAAUUGGACAAGAGACUGUAAAGAAAACAAUAAAAAAAAAUGCCGAAACCAAUCAAUGUGAGAGUUACCACAAUGGAUGCAGAGUUGGAAUUUGCCAUCCAGCCCAAUACAACAGGCAAGCAGCUCUUUGAUCAGGUGGUGAAAACUGUUGGUCUCCGUGAAGUCUGGUUUUUUGGGCUGCAGUAUGUGGACAGCAAAGGCUACUCAACUUGGCUAAAGCUAAAUAAAAAGGUAACCCAGCAAGAUGUAAGGAAAGAAAAUCCUUUGCAGUUUAAGUUUAGGGCCAAGUUUUUUCCAGAGGAUGUAUCGGAGGAAUUAAUUCAGGAAAUAACUCAGAGACUUUUCUUCCUGCAAGUUAAAGAAGCUAUCCUAAAUGAUGAAAUAUAUUGUCCACCAGAAACUGCGGUUCUUCUGGCUUCCUAUGCUGUCCAGUCCAAGUAUGGAGAUUAUAAUAAAGAGAUGCAUAAAUUAGGCUACCUAGCCAAUGACAGACUUCUCCCUCAACGUGUGUUAGAACAGCACAAGCUGACGAAAGAGCAGUGGGAAGAAAGAAUACAGAACUGGCAUGAAGAACACAGGGGGAUGUUAAGGGAAGAUUCUAUGAUGGAAUACCUUAAGAUUGCACAAGACUUGGAAAUGUAUGGAGUCAACUAUUUUGAAAUAAAGAAUAAAAAAGGAACUGAAUUGUGGCUAGGAGUUGAUGCUUUGGGUCUGAAUAUUUAUGAGCAUGAUGAUAAGUUGACACCCAAGAUUGGUUUUCCUUGGAGUGAAAUAAGAAACAUCUCUUUUAAUGACAAAAAAUUUGUCAUAAAGCCAAUUGACAAAAAGGCCCCUGAUUUUGUUUUUUAUGCACCCCGUCUGAGAAUAAAUAAGCGAAUUUUGGCACUGUGCAUGGGAAAUCAUGAAUUGUACAUGAGGAGAAGAAAACCUGAUACAAUUGAAGUGCAACAGAUGAAGGCCCAAGCUAGAGAGGAGAAACAUCAGAAACAAUUGGAAAGGGCACAAUUAGAAAAUGAAAAGAAAAAAAGGGAGAUAGCAGAAAAGGAAAAGGAAAGAAUAGAGCGUGAAAAGGAAGAAUUAAUGGAACGCUUAAGACAAAUUGAAGAACAAACAAUGAAAGCUCAGAAAGAGCUAGAAGAACAGACUAGAAGAGCUCUAGAACUGGAUCAAGAACGAAAACGUGCAAAGGAGGAAGCAGAGCGCCUGGAAAAGGAGCGUCGAGCAGCUGAGGAAGCUAAAGCUGCUCUAGCCAAGCAGGCAGCUGAUCAAAUGAAGAACCAGGAGCAACUAGCAGCAGAACUUGCUGAAUUCACUGCCAAGAUUGCACUUCUAGAGGAGGCCAAGAAAAAGAAAGAAGAGGAAGCCUCAGAAUGGCAGCACAAAGCUUUUGCAGCCCAGGAGGACUUGGAAAAGACCAAAGAAGAACUGAAAACUGUAAUGUCUGCUCCUCCUCCACCUCCUCCCCCACCAGUUAUUCCUCCAACAGAGAAUGAACAUGAUGAACAUGAUGAGAACAGUGCUGAAGCCAGUGCAGAACUGUCUUCUGAUGGUGUUAUGAAUCACAGGAGUGAGGAAGAACGGGUAACAGAAACACAGAAAAAUGAACGUGUUAAGAAACAGCUGCAGGCUUUAAGUUCUGAGUUGGCUCAAGCCAGAGAUGAAACCAAGAAAACACAAAAUGAUGUCCUUCAUGCUGAGAAUGUUAAAGCAGGCCGUGAUAAGUACAAGACUCUUCGACAAAUCCGACAAGGCAAUACAAAACAACGUAUUGAUGAGUUUGAAGCAAUGUGAGAGCUGUUAUUUUGCAUAUAUGUUCCUCGUAAAGCUGAACCACCAGCAGAGAAAAAAGCAGGCCUUUGCAGAUUUGAUGGAUUGCACCCCACUUUGCCAAAGCACUUAAUACCAGUUUGACUGCGGUGGUUAAAAGAAAAAUUUGGGGAAGCCAUUCAACAAUAAGGCAGUCUGUUAUCCCUGGCUUUUCUGGGGGAGGGUGUGAAGAAUGAUGGCAAUUUUUUUUUUCCGUAUUAUGUUUUCAUUUUCAUUGUUUCAUUUUUUUCUUUAAAAACUGAUGUGAAGUAUAUAAUGACUGACAAGUGUACGUAUUACUUAAACAUUUAGAAAUAGAAAGAAUAAUGGAGCUGAACCUAAAAUGAGUAGGUACUAUUGUGGUAUGAUGAAGGUUGAAUUUACAUUUUUCAAUGUAGCCACACCAUUAGGAGGUUGAUAUUAGUGACUUUUAGGGUAGUGGUUUUUUUUUUUUUUUUUCCUUCUCCCAAGUGAAAUUCUUUGGUGUUUCAUGUCCUGUCAUCAUUGAUGGUUUUCUUUGCCUGCCUGUUCACAAAGGUCUGGAUGGCAGGUGGUAGUUCCAGGAGUUGUUGUUUAAAUGGAACACUACCUGUGGGCAGCACGUCUGCUGAUAGGCUUGAAUAAAUAUUGCUUUUCAUAGAUGAUUAUUUUAGAUGCACAAAAUGUUCUAAUGCAGCAAAGAAAAAAAAAUACAAAGCUCUAUAUGCUCUUUGCUUGUAAUUAUUUUAUUUGCAGUAGGGAAACCUGGACCUUUCUGGCAAGGGAGCAUAUGAAAACAUCAGUCCCAGGGAGGGGACAGUAUCCUACCUCACUUCUAUAUACAUGAUGACUGGUCCUUCAAACACCAUGAAAAAAAACUAUAUAGAUCGGAUAUCACUGUACAGUGAUAUCAUAAAAAGCCAGGAGUCCUUACUCCUAAUGUUUUGUUUUACUUCAAGAUGGGUUUAUGGUGAUAAAUACUGUUUAACUGCCUUUUUGUUGAGUUUAAAUUGUAAAAGCAUCUUGUGUUUAUUAAAGCUGUAACCUGUCACUGGUAUACUAUCUUCUGGGAGGGGUGUGGAAUGUGUGUAUUAGCUUGUUUUGGGGUUUCCAAGUACCAAAUGAAAGUUUCCGUAAUUAGAGGAAAAAGCAUUUGUAGCUUCAAUUCACAGUGAAGCUAGUAUUGUAACUGUCACGUCUGAUGUCAGAUCAUUGUUAUUAAGUACUUCCCAACUUGAAAAGGAGACCUACCUUUUUUUUUUUUUUUUUGAGGAAUCGGCUUAGAAAUUGAGUUCUUUUAAAAAAAAACAAAAAACAAAAACAAAAAAAACCAAAAAACUUAGCAGUUACUGUGAACUGCAAUUAUUCCUUCUCUUAUAGUACCCUGGUAAAUAUCUACAAGGGAAGAGCCCUGCUUUCUCUGAGGAUGGUUCAGCUCUCUUCUGUUUGAUAUUAUGCACUCAUAAAAUUACACUUAUCUAUUAAAAUUUGCCAUUUUAUUAAGCAUUUUUUCAUGCACAACAGGUUUAAAUUUCUUAUGAACAGUCCAACUAAGUUUUUUAUUUUGCAGAGUUAAAAGUUGGCUAUGUGGGGUGACAUCAUGAAAAUAAUAUACAUUAAUAUAUUUUUGGUUUGUGGGGCUAAGCAUAUUUGGUUAACCUUGAAGACUGAUGUGCAAAUGGUGUGCACACGCUUCAGAGUGCGGCUUGGUGGAAGUUGGUGUUUCUACUUGCAGUGCAUUGUGAGAACAGUUGUGUUCCUCACAGGCUUGGUACACCAAAGCAUGAGCAAAUUUCUGAAGUAUUUGAACAGCUUGCCAUAGCAGGUGAAAUACUGUGCUUCCAAUGAGUUUUUAUGUUUUUUCCCUGGAAAGUGUGCACUAACAUUUGAUGCAUCAGUUUCAGUGUUGGGGAAAAAUACCGGUAAAGUUUGCUGUUCAUAAAUCUACAGUAUAUAGAGUAGGGCUAAAUGGAUUAGAUCCAUUUAUAAAGCUGUGUGAUUUUUUUUUUUUUCUAAACAACCAGGAACAACCAUUUGUAAUAUGGAUUUUCACAAUGAACAAAGUGGUAAUAGCUGCUGUCACCAGCAGUUGGGAACAAUUACUGGUGCAGAAAUACUAAGAAUACAUUUAAUGAUUUCUUGGUGAAGUAAUUUUCCACAUGCUUUUUCCUUUAGCAUCAUGUUUUGUGUUGUACAAUUAAGCUACAAUUACAUCUACUAUUUUGGAUAACAUUCAUUGGUUAACAAUAAAGAGAUACAGUUAAUUUCUCUGA